AAACCCCAAUAACUUCUAGAUCCCUGUAAUCAUCCCACACCCUCGAAUUCCGAUAUUACCCCUAAGAUUAUCGCCAACAUCAUGAAUAUUGUAUUUUACUACUAGGUCUAAUAUUGUAAUAAUCAUAAUUCAUAAUAAUAAUAACGACAACAUAUAUUUCCGCAACUUGAUUAAAUCGCACAUGGUUAAGGUUAGUUGUUGUUGGGAGCCUGAAUUCCAUCAUGAAAAAUCACAGUCCAAAAUAUUGACUGAUCAAAUUUCCUUCCAACCCAAAAAUUCCCAAUUUACCCCUAAUCUGAAACGAAUAUCAAAUAGUUUAAUCAUUUUUAUUUAAUAAUGCAAAAGCAAGGUCACUCACUAAUGGCGCCCCUAUUUCUUUAACUAAGAUCUUCUCCCAAACCCCAUUUGCUCACCCCUCACAUAAACCGUUACAUAUAUAUAUAUUUAUAUAUAAUAUUACAUAUGUUGAAUGGGUUCGAUGGAGAUGGGUUUGGAGGAAACUAACUUGAGCAAUCAGAGUACAAUGGAAAUGAAAUUGAAUCGGCAGAUGAAGAAGAAGAAGAAGAAGACGAAGAGUAGGAAUUUUUUGAUUUCGAGAUUAGGAUGUUUCAGAUUUGACGGCGGCGUUUCGACGGCGGAGACGCCGGACUCCGACGGCGGUUUCAGUGUUGAAGCCGGUUCCGGCGGGAGGAGGGAUCACUCGCCGCCGACCCACCUCGUUGUUAUGGUCAACGGAAUUAUUGGAAGUGCUCAAAAUUGGAGGUAUGUGGCUAAGCAAUUCGUGAAGGCCUACCCAAAUGAUGUCAUAGUACACUGUAGUGAAUCUAAUUCUUCAAUGUUGACAUUUGAUGGUGUUGAUGUUAUGGGGAAGAGAUUAGCCGAUGAGGUGAUUUGUGUUGUGGAUAGUCAUCCGAAUCUUCGGAAGAUUUCUUUCGUAGGUCACUCGCUCGGUGGCUUGAUAGCGAGAUAUGCUAUUGCGGUGCUUUAUAAUAAACAAGAUGUAAUAAUAAAAAACGGUAACGAAAACGGUGAAUGUGGUAAAAUCGAAACUCAAAUAUCAUCGUUGGAAGAUAAAUUAAGACGAAAUAUAGCUGGGCUCGAACCAGUUAACUUCAUUACCUCCGCAACACCACAUUUAGGUUGCAGGGGGCAUAAACAGGUUCCGGUUUUCUGCGGGUUUUACGCAAUGGAGAAAUUAGCAUCGCGUGCUUCGUGGUUACUCGGAAAAACAGGGAGGCAUUUGUUCUUGAGCGAUUGUGAUGAUGGAAAACCACCGCUUCUGCUUCGAAUGAGCACUGAUUAUGAAGAUCUUAAGUUCAUAUCUGCAUUGAAGUUGUUCAAGAGGAGAGUUGCGUAUGCAAAUACACGUUUUGACCAUCUGGUUGGGUGGAGUUCUUCGUCAUUGCGCCGUCGCAAAGAGCUUCCCAAUCACCGGAAUUUUCAGAAAAAUGCUAAAUACCCACACGUUGUAAACGAGGAGAAACCGAAUGCGCAAAAUUCUCAUGAAGAAUUUUCUUUGGAAGCUAAAGUUGCUAAAGGCAAGAUCAGUGAAAUGGAAGAGACAAUGAUCAGAGGAUUAACAAGAAUGAGUUGGGAAAGAGUCGAUGUCAGCUUCAGCGGAAGUAUACAGAGACUUCUUGCACACAAUACAAUUCAGGUUAAAACUCGGUGUAUAAAUUACGAUGGAGCGGAUGUAAUACAGCACACAGUCGACAAUUUUCAACUAUAAAUAUACCGUCGUCACUUACAUCAUCCUUCGGGAGUUUCGUAUUAAAUGCUUUGCAAGUGAGUCCUUUUGGUGAAUAUAUUUCGCAAAUAUUUGAAGAUGAAAAUUGUCGGAACACCUUAGAUCGACACACACACACACACAUCCCUAUGGGUGUGUGUGAUCCUAUUCGAGGACCAUCGAGAAGGCCGAACGAGAAGGUAUAUAUUCAUCAAAUUUCGGAGUCCCUUUUGUAUAAGAGAGCAAUAUUGAUUGUAAUAACAGUUUUUUCGUAGAUGCAAGAAAAUAAAUGGGAAUUGUGGCCCCUAUGAAAUACGUGUAAUGUAAUCACUUUGAAGAUCAAUGCUUUCAUUUAAGCUGAUGGGAAGCUUUUAAGUUGUA